GAGAACAGUAGAGAAACAGUUAUUUUAAAGCUUAAAAAGCAGAGAAAGCAAAAAGCCUCGAAAAUGGCAAAGACCCUCAUCUGCUUCACCAGUCUUCUGCUCGUCCUCUUGUUCAUUUCGGCCGAGAUCCAGAAGAGUCAGGCUAAUGACUGCGAUAGGUUUUUAGGCGAAGCCACAGUGUCUUACCCAUGUAGGGAAAGAGAGUGUGAAGCCCAAUGCCAUGAGCAUUACGAGCACUCAUGUAAAGGAGAGUGUGAGGAUCAUGACCAUGAUCACGGCCACCAUGAUCAUGACGACCAUCACGAUCACGAAGAGCACUGCCACUGCUACGGUCAUUAAUGAAAUGCUGAAAUUUUACAAUGAAUUCGUAUCGAAUAACAAAUAAGACUGUAUCUCUAAUAUGUAAGUGUGGUUUCGGUUCGAUGUAAUGUAAGGGAAUGUGUGUAAGCUGUUUUGUUUAUGAGGAAAUAGUAGGACGAAGCUAAUGACGGCUUCUCUCUACAUCUAUAAUAAGAUCAUGUUGUAUGCUUUUUUCGUUUUAAUAAUAAAUUUGGUUUUGUGUUUUUCUA